AUGAGAAUAGCGUGGUCUAGUCAACACUUCGCAUUUCUGACGCUGCGUCCCCCUGAGGAAGAUCACUCACUCGGGAAAGUCACCUUGGGGAAAGACUUGCCAGCUAGACCGUUCCUGGACACUUGCCACGAUCAAGUCCCAGGCUCGUUUCCAGGACGAAGGGGAAUCCGGCCAGCUGCCAAGAUGUCGCCAGUGGGGAAAAUGUCCCAGGUAGAAAAUGGAAAAGUCUACCAGCAGAUCUUCCAGGCAGAGGUGCAGCUGAUUCAAGCUCUGGCAGCCACCAGGAGGCGGGCUGCAGAGCAUUCUGGGACUCCAAAGAAUGUCAAGGCACCCAUGAUGAAGAAGGCGGCCUUCCCUGAAGGGGAAACAAUGACCCCUCGGCAGAGGAAGUGGGUGCACAGCCUCCCCAAUGACUGGGUCACGGAAAACCCGGUUCUCUAUAGGGAGAAGGAACAAGCCAGGAGGGAAAAGAUGCGAGAGACGGAGGACAUGAUUGCUGUCCGAGAGGUGCAGGGCCUCAUGGACGACAUCGUUUCUGAGAAGAGGCGCUCCAUCAUCCUCCAAGCGCAAGAAGAAUUCAAGAAGAAGAAGUACCUGAGUGCACUGAGGAGCUUUCAGGAGGAGAUUGAGCAGAUCGGGGUGGAGAUGGAACCUCUCAUCCUGGAGAAAGGGGAGCUUCUUUUGAAAAAGAUGUUGCGGUCCGAUGAGGAUGUUGACCAGCUCUUCAAAAAAGUUGAAAGUGAACCGGACCUUGAGAACUACACUAUUGAGACACUACUGGAGCUGUGGGAGAAGGUGGCUGAGAGAUUCACACAGCAGAAGCAGGAGAUUAAGGAGUUAGAUCAAGAGCUGUUGGCCCUGGAGGUCUCUCGAGCCGACAAGCUAAAGGACGUAUUGAAGAGAUAUGUUGACAUCAUAGAGAAAACCACCUACCUCCUGCAGCCUGAUGUAUACAGGCUGAUAGAUAAAGAAGCCAUGGCCAUGAACCAGGCUCUGCUGGGCAAUCGGAGGGCCAUCGCCCAGCUGUUGGUCAACCUGACUGAGGCCACCCUGCAGCAGGAGCUUGACAACCGCCACCGCUGGCAGGGCUUGGUGGACACCUGGAAGACUCUCAAGAGAGAGGCCCUGCAGCAGAGUUUCAGUGAGUUCAUGGCUAGCGAGAAUAUCCAAGAGCCCCCAGCUGUACAGAAAGAGCUGGAAGAAAUGCUGAAGAACCAGCAGAUCCUUCAAAAAGUGAGGCUGGAUCACCUCUGCACCAUCUGCAACCUUCUCCCCCCAAACUAUAACAAAAGCCAGCUGACCGAGUGGUAUGAUUCUCUCACUGCCCUGAACAGGCAGCUUGACAACUACCACAUGGACUGCAUGACUCUGGUCCGCUUCCUAUAUGAGAAGAUCUGGCAGGAGUGCCUGGCCCAUGUGCAGGAUUGUAAGAAGCAGCUGCUGGACUGGAAAGCUUUCUCUGAAGCAGAAGCAGAGAGCCUGGUGAACCCAGCCUUCUUCAUGGUGGUGGGGGAGUUCCAGAGCAAGGUGGAGAAGAAGCUGGAGCUCCUGGAUAGUUCCUUCGAAGUCUUGAACAAGCAGACGGAAUCGCAGAGCCUGGACCUCUUCAGGUACUUCCAGGAGGCUGUGAGGUUGUGGGAGGGGCACCAGAGUGUUCUGUUGUCCCAAGAGUUGGAACUGGAGAAGAGGAUAGAGCAGCAUCGACAGAAGCACCACCAGGAGAAUCAGGCCCAAGAGGUUAACCUCGAUAAGCUUCUAGACCAACUGAGACAGCAAAGCCAAGAAGAGACACUGAAGACACACAUGGAAAAGGCCAGGAAUUUUCUGAAGAACAUGAAGUCCAGGUAUGAAUGUUUUCACAUCCUCCUGACCAAAGAAGUGAUGGAGUACCCAGGGCUCGUUCUGAAAGAACUCAACUGCUACAGCUUCACCCUCAGCCGCCACUUCUUCAUUCGUGAGAUCUUUGAACAGAAUUUGGCUGGGGAAGUGACUUUCAAAUUCAGGCAACCAGAAACCCACGAAAAGCAUUUCAUGCAGAAAAUCAGGAAACUGAAGAAAAAACGAAGGACCAGAGUGGAACUACGCAAGGCUGAAGAAAGCAUAGGCCAAGACAUGGGUUCCGAGAAGCUAGCUGAAGAGAUGAAAGGAACGGGUGAAGAAUCAGAACCCGUCGUGGCCGGAGAGGCACUGAGCCAGCGCAACAAGUUCCCACCGAGCGGCGGGAUGGCUGAGCCCAAAGAAGAGUAUACCCAAGAAACUGAAGAGAUGAGGAGCAUGAAAGAGACUUUCUCAGAGACCUCCCCGGAGCCAGAAAACAUGAAGUCUCAAGAAGAGAAGGAGGGGAUAGAGGCAGAAGAAGAGGAGGAGGAAGAGGAGAAGGAAGAGGAGCAAAAAGAGGAGGAGGAGAAGGAAGGAGAGGAGGAAAUGAAAGAGGAGAAGGAAGAGGAGGAAGAGGGGGAGGAGGAGGAAGAAGAAGAGGAGAUGGACGACGAAGACGAAGAGGAAGAGGAGUAUGACGACAUGCAUGAAGAUACAGUAGAGCUUUAUAAAGACAGCAUUUUUACGGGUCAGGAUGAAGGCAAGGAAGAGAGCCUGGAAGAGAUGGCCUACGAAGAAAUGGAGUUUUUCACAACUGCGAGUGGAAACACUUACUUUGCCUUCCUGUCCGUGGAAGAUGAAGAAAAGAUUCACACGAGGCCCCAUUCCUACCACGCUGUGCUCUUCAACGACCCCUUCAGCACCAAGUACAUAGAACAAGUGACAAUUCCCCACAAACUCAUCGUGAAGGUUAAGAAAGGGCUUCGAGCUGGCUUCUUUGAACACCUGGAGAAGUGGUUUGACCAAUGUGCCCUCAAUGCUCGCAUCAUUGUGGCUGCCAAGGUUGAUGAGCUGGAUUCGGAACUGGAGCUCCGCCUGCACCUGCACAAGCCGAGGCUCGAGCACGUGGAGAAGGAUAUUCACAAUGUCAGAGCAGCUGAGCUCCUGCUCCACCAGGAGAGGCUGGAUAACCACUGUGCAGGCGUCAUUGAGACUCUGAAGAAAGAGAAGCAGAUGUUCUGUCAAUUCCAAGAAGAGCAAGCCGUGCGGAGCAAAAACUUCCGCCGCAAGAUCUACGACAUGGAGCACAUCUUCCUGAACGCCACCAAGAGCCAAAAGCUGGUUAGUCUCACCAAAAUACUUCACCGGGAGCUGCUUAGCUAUGUGGAUGUCAUCCAGGUGUCCCUGAGAAGCUUCCGGCAGUACCUAGAAGAGAGUCUGGGAAAACUCCGCUAUACCAACAUUGACUUUGUCAAGCACUGCAGAUUGUUCUCAGAGGGGGGCAACUUUUCCCCUGAAGAAAUCCAGUUACUGUGCCAGCGCUUGGAGAAGGAGGCUACCCGGAUUGAGUUCGUCGAAAGUUUAAUCAUGAUCCACAUGGAGAAAAUGGAGACGGAGUACUUGGACCAGGCCAAUGAUAUCAUCAACAAAUUUGAGAGUAAAUUCCAUAACCUGUCUUCAGACCUGAUUUUCGUAGAGAAAAUCCAACGGCUGAUGACAAACCUGCAAGUGAACAUCAAGUGUCAGGUGGCGAAGUCCAAUUCACAAUCAGAAGGGUUGAAUUCUUCCCUGGAACAGCUUCAACACAAGAUACAAACCUGUAGAGACCACCGGGGAGACAAGGGCAUGGUGAACACAGAUGACCUCCUUGCCUUUGUCCGAUCCUGGAAGGAAAAACUGAGCCAGAGGAUUAAGUACCUCAACUGCAGCCUGGAUGUGGUGUCCAUUACCCAGGAGGUCUUCACGGACACCAUCCUCACUGAAAUGGAAGUGGAGAGUGACAUCCAUGAAUCUUCAGAAGACCUUGAGGAGGAAGCCAAGGUGGGCCCUGUCACCCCUGAGUCCUUCGCCCAGCCAACCCGCAUGGGGAGGCCCAUGAUCGAAGACCCUGCUGUGGAUGUGGUCAAGAAGAUCCUUCAAAUUCCUCAGACAAAAUUGACAAGCGCGUGUGAUAAGGAUCGCUCCCACACAGCCUUGAAGAAACGGUACCAGGGAGACAAGUCUUUGAAGAAGGCCUUGGCCAGCUCCAGUGUCACCUCGGCAGGGAGCAUGACACGACAUAGCAAGAUCAGCCGAGUUGACAAGAAGUACCAGGUGCUUGGGGACAGGCCUCCUCCUCAGACUGAGGACUUCAAAGGUAUCAUCCUGACUCUCCUCUGGGACAGCAAUGAACAUCUGCUCUUCGUGGUGGAGGAUUUUUACCGCAAAGAGAAACACCCAGUCACCAGGCCUGAAUGCAUGUAUGAAAACUUUGACCAAUGCGCUGAGCACAUUGGCAAGAAGAUUAUGGAAUACCAGAAUCAGGCAGACGAGUACCACAACUCCUGCCUUCUGGAAUUGCGUGCCCAGGUGAGGAGAUUCGAGGAGCUGCUGCCCCAGGUGUGUUGGCUGGUGGUAGAGAACUACAAGGAUCAGCACUGGGACAAGUUCUGCACAUCCAUGAAGGAGAUUCGGGACCAGUUUGAGCAGCAGCAGAAGCAUCUAGAGAAGAAGAAGGAUGAAAAUGCCCUGAAGCUCCAGCCAAAUCUCGGACACCCCAUAUUUGCCCGGGAAAUGGAGUCCCUAAACAUUGUGGAGGAGCUAAGACAGGAAGAGUGGGGCCAGGUGAUCCAUGCAAACCAGGAGAAGAUGGAGGAAUUUGCCAAGAGGUACAGCCGCUUCUUCAUAGCAAGCUUGGCCUCCUUCACAGAGAAAUUCCUGAUACAGCUGGAUGAAGUGGUCACCAUUGAUGACCUCCAGGUUCCACGGAUGGAACCCCAAAAGCAGAAACUAUCGAUCCUCAUACGGAGGAAGCUGGCUAGGCUCUCUCUGGAGGAGGAGAGUGAGAAGCCCCUGAUUGAACGUGGGAGCAGGAAGUGGCCAGGAAUCAAACCCAACGAAAUCACCAUUCAAACCAAGAUACUGACAAGGAGGACACAAUCAAUAACCACCUAUAAGACCACUCUGGGCCACUUGGCCACCGUAGAAGCCAGAGAUGCUGUGUUCCUGAAAUACCUGGCCCUGUUUGACAAAGAACUGAAGAAUAUCCAGAACCAUUUCAAGACACUGGGGCUGGAGGCUCAGUGCUGGAAGAAGAGCUGGAAACGCUCCCUUGACACCAUCCGGACCCUGUACUCUAGCCAUCCUUCUCAGCACCCCAAAUAAAGCC